AAUUACAGAACAAGUACAGAGCAUCUCCCGCUCCUCUGACCAGCGAUUUGUACACAAUCAUCCUAAAGUGAGUGACAUACAGGCGUGUGCAGGUGAAUAUAUUUAUUUGUGUUUGAGUAAGAAGCGGAAGUCGGCGUCAACAUGGAGAACUGCGGCUUCCAGAGCCAGAUACUGUCCGUCAUGGAGGUCCUGGCCAAGGCGGCCGUGGCGGAGAUAAACCGGCGUGUGGAUGACAGCUGCGCGGUGCUCCGGCUGGAGGUGAGCCAGAGCCGGCGGGACAUCGACCUGCUGAAGAGGAAGUGUGAGGUGAUGGAGGCUGAGCUGAGGAGGACCAGGAUGAGAGCUAGGAGGAAAGUGUUUUAUCCUCCAGCAGCAGAGAGAUUCACCUCUUUAGUCAAAGUAGUGUUGAACAAAGACAGACAGAGCACAGACUGGGAUGCUGAGACUCAAAAUCAACCCCAACAGUGUGCAGAUGCAGAGCCUGCUAAUGAAGCUGAACACAUAAUGAUCAAAGAGGAGUGCGCGGAGGAGGACAUGUGGAACUCAGAGGACAAACUGAUCUCUGAAGCCGAGCAGCCGCCAUGUUUCGACACCUCACAACCUGCCCAGGCUGACAGCUUUGUAGAGCGUUACCACUCAGCUGAGAGCCCAGCUGACCACGGCUCUCUGGUUUCCCCAACAGACGGCUACAGCACUUUCCCAGAGCAGCAGCUGAACAGAAACCAAACUGGGGCAGAGCUUAUAGUGAAACACGAGAAUGAGGAAGAGCCCAAUGAGAACGCAGCUCCUCUCGAUUCAGCCCACAACUUUGUGACAGAGGAAGGUAAUGGACAGCUGUGGUCAUCCGAUGUGUGCAGAGACGCUGUUGAUCCAAGCUUCUCGUAUACCGAGCAGCAGUUUGAGCCAAUCCCCUCUGUGUUCUCGUCUCAAAGUGGAUUGCAUUUGGAAGACAUGGUGCCUCAAAUGAACACAGGGAAAUCACAGUCAGUCGUGGUGAGCGCAGCACGAGUGAAAAGACGAGCCAGAACGUUUGGAUGUAAGAGACCGCAACCAGACGAAGGACACAGUGCGUUAUCUCAGAUAAACACCAUGGAUCAGUGCUUGAUUCCUCAACAAUCACAACAUCAGUACAGAGACUCUCCUCACACGAGGAACCCAAACGAGGAUUUGAUGUCGCCAAACCCAGGGCACAGCCGCAGCGGCUUCAGCCUGGCGAGGAGGAUGAGGACGCCCUGGAGGUCCGGCAUCGGCGAGAAGAGGUUCAGCUGCACGUACUGCGACAAAAGCUUCAUGAGGUUCAGUCAGCUCAAAGAGCACCUGAGGAGUCACACGGGGGAGAAACCGUUCAGCUGCCUGCAGUGCGGCAGGAGCUUCACCAAACAGUGCAAUCUCAUCAGACACGCAGUCGUCCACUCCGGAGAGAAGCCCUAUGAGUGCUCGCUGUGUGGGAAGUGCUUCACCCAGCGCUCCAGCCUGAAGUCGCAUCAGAAAACAGCACACUGAGCUCACAUGGGGUUUAUUUAAUAUAUCACAUAAUUUGGCGACGUAUCGCUAAAAUUAUUGUUUGUUUUCAUUGUUGUUUUAUUGAAUUACUUUGGUUUAAAACAGUUUUAUAUUAUGAUAUUUAAAAUUUUGAUAUAAUGAAAGAGAUUAGUCUGGAAACACAGUAUCAUUGUUAAUCUUAAAGGGUCAUUCCAGUGUGGUGGCAAGUUCAAGUACAAAUCAUGUACACAGAUUCACAUCUUUGCUUUUUUCCUAGUAUUUUUCCUACCGCUCCAAGCAGCCAAAAGCAUCUAUUCUUUUUCACACUGUUUUAAAAACACUCAGUGGACUCUUGAACCUUACAUGUGUGGUUUAAUCCAUCACACUAAACACUUUUCACAACAAUAGCUGACAAAAAUGCUUGUGUAGAAUUUAACUGGACACUGAAACUAGACGAAUAACACAUUAAAAUUUCUAACCACAGUAAAUGGUCAGUAUAUCCAAUCUGUAGGGAAUGUGUCAGAAAAUGCAAUGCACUGGUGUGGUUGUUGUCCCUGCUUUGAAAGGCUCUGUAACUGUAAAAUGAGUGACACACACCUACUUUAUUCAGAUCAGCACUUCUGAUAUGUUGUGUAUAACAGUCACAUUGUCACAUUUUAUUGUGAGACUGCUUGUUUUUUAUGUUGGACUGUUGUGACAUACAAUGAUGCACAUUAGGAAACUCCACACAGACAGAAACAUGAAAGAUUCACUCAUUAAAAUGACGCAGAUAAUGAA